GGAUCCACGCCUCAAAGGCUCUAUGCAGGAUUGUCACGGCCUGAUAAGUCACAAUCUUGAAGGCCAAUUUUACUCAGACCCCGCUGCCAUGUGGCCUGAACUCUCCAUGCUCGUCACUGAAACACCCGAUAUCAGUGCAUCUCAACUGGUUCUUUCUAGAAAGAAACUGGCCGCGGAAGGUUCCAGCCCCACCUCCAAGGCGGAAGGCGGUGGGCUACAAGAGGGGUUCCUGCAGCGUCAUUCGGGGCGCAAACAAUCAAAUCUCAGAAGCAUCACCAACAAUCCUGCGCUACCUGUGACAUCACUAUGGCUGCAGAAACCCCUAUCGAAGAGCUGGUCAAAAGGCCCCUUUAUGUGUACGAUCUUCCGCGAGAACUCCUCUCGACGCUGACCACAAAGUUCGACAAUCAACCGAUAUCAGUGGAGAACACAUCUGAACCCAUUUCAGAGAACACAGAGGGGACGAUUUUGGAUCAUGCGGUUGCCACGACCACCAGUUGUGCCCUCUGCAAGGUAUCGUAUCUGAACGUGCAGGAGCAACGGAUUCAUGUCCGCUCGGAUCAUCACAGAUACAACCUGAAAGCGCAGCUCAGAGGCGGGCCCACAUUUGAUGAAUCGCAAUUUGCGAAAGCCAUUGGGGAGCUCGACGAGUCCAUAUCGGGGUCCGAGUCGUCCGAAGCGGAGGAUGAGGAAGAAGAUGGACAACUCUCGGCCUUGUUAAAAAAGCAGGCCAAGAUCUCUCAAGCGACUGAUGAGGUAGAAUCCUCUUCCAAUAAGCAGGGUUCUGGCAGGCCUCCUUUGUUUUGGCUCUCUAGCUCACUCCUGCCUUCUAAUAUGUCCCUGGGUGUUUAUCGGGCUUUGUUUUCGAGUGCUGAACAAGAUGAGCCAAGGCACCUGGUCAACUCGAUACAGAAAAGGCAACUUGCGCCAGUCGCUCCACCGAGAGCCAAUGGAAACACCCAAGAGAAGCCGGCGUCGCCCAGCCCUCACAUUUUCAUGUGCAUGAUCGGCGGUGGUCAUUUCGCAGCAAUGUUGGUUUCGCUGGCUCCUGAAAUCCAUCGGAGGCAAGGUGGCAUUGAGGACAGACAGGCUCGAGUUAUUGCGCAUAAAACAUUCCAUCGUUAUACAACCAGGCGAAAGCAAGGUGGCUCACAGUCUGCCAAUGAUGCCGCCAAGGGCGCCGCGCAUUCGGCAGGCUCCAGCCUGAGAAGAUACAAUGAAGCUGCCUUAGAAAAGGAGAUCAGAGAGUUGUUGACGGAUUGGAAGCAGAUGAUCGAUGAGGCUGAGCUACUGUUCGUUCGUGCUACCGGCAGUACGAAUCGUAGAAUCCUUUUCAGCCAGUACGAGGGCCAGGUCCUCAAGCAGAAUGACCCGAGAUUGAGAGGGUUUCCAUUCAGUACCCGUCGAGCGACUCAAGGCGAGCUUAUGCGCUGCUUCAAAGAGCUCACCCGGGUCAAGGUGAGCCAAAUCGAUGAAGCUGCGCUGGCUGCUGCAGAAGCGAAGCAACGCGAAGUGUCGAAGCCGUCAACACCACGGCCUCAGCAGCAGAAGCCCAAGGUUUCCAAGGAAGACGAGGCUGCUAUGCUUCACACAACCCAGAUACAGGCUCUCAUUCGUCGGUCCAAGAUCCCGGCAUUAAUGACUUAUCUGUCCAAGAACUCGAUUCCUGCGUCGUUUACCUUUCGACCUGUUGACUCCCAGCAAAACUUCCGGUGUCCUACUCCCCUUCACUUCGCCGCUAACCUCAAUUCUCCAUCCAUGGUUUUAGCCCUUCUGACCAAGGCCGAAACAGAUCCGACAGCGGUCAACGGCGAAGGGAGGACCCCUUUCGAGCUUGCAGGGGAUCGUGCAACACGCGACGCCUUCCGCGUUGCGCGUCAUGAGUUAGGCGAGUCGAAGUGGAACUGGGAAGCUACCAAUGUACCGUCACCGAUAUCUCGAGAUGACGCCAACAGCCGGUCUGAGAGGGAGCGGAAGACCGCAGAGGAAGAGGAGAACAGUCGGCGUAAAGCUGAAAUGAAUCGUUUGAGAAAGGAGGAGGAAGCAAGUGCAGUACAGCAUGCUUCUAAAAAGCCCGCUGGUCGAACGCUGGGCUCUGUUGAGAAAACGGCUUCUGAGAAGAGAGAGGAAGAAAUGCGAGGAAUGACACCGGAAAUGAGGAUGCGGUUGGAGAGAGAGCGCCGCGCCCGAGCAGCUGAGGAACGCUUUCGACGGAUGCAAGGGAACUGAUUAGACAUUCGCGUUGUUCUGGAUCUGUGGUUAAGGUGUAAUAGCAGUGCUGAGCGGACAUGAUUUAUUGUUACAAUUAGAGAUGAUUCACGACGGGAUUUGGCGGCUUUUCCUCGCGGUUUUGGGGGUUUACACAUAGACAUUUGACUACACCAGUAGCCACGAGGUGGUUGCUGCUGCUUGGAAUAUCAGGCAGGCAGGCAGGAAGGCACCUGACUCGCUGGCACUCAAGCAGUCAAUCAUUUCUAGCUUGCUCUCCAUCUCUCUCUCUCUCAUUCUCCCCGAUCCUGUCCCUUCUUUUGUGAAUUAAUUCCCUUCCGUACCCUACCUCACCAUCUUCUCCGAAUUCAUUUUUAUCUCCUAUUGAUUAUCCCCAGACCCUCCAAUCACCCAUCAUGUCCCAGGCUCAGCUCCCCUACUUUGUUGGCACCCUGUCUGAAUGGAACCCAGAGACUCAGCAAGAGAGCAAUC